UGCUAUUAGCAUCGACAUUUUUCGGGGCAAAAACGACAGUGCAACCGCCAUCCAUCGAUGUGGCCACGGGGAAUUCCCUUGUUCAAAGAAACCGCAGCCCAUGUCGUCCUCGCAUUCGGGCUAUUCCAUCUUCUAAUCCUUUUUCUUCUCCUCGGCGGCAAUGACGGGCACAGCACCACCGGACGACAUCGAGGACUGGUUCUCGCGGCCGGAAGCGAUCAGUUUCUCGAUGGACUUGCCCUUCAGCUCGAUGACCUCCUUGUUGAUGCGGGUUGAGUCAGCCUCGAGACCGACCGAGCGGCAUUUCGAAACCUUUUGCCAACUCGGACAUUCCCUGAAUCCCGGAAAAAAACAUCUUAAGCUGGUGGGAAGUCAGACGAGUGCGCAUUUUGGUACAGCCACGAACCCGAACGGGGUCAUCCUCGGUGGUUGCGAAGGUGGCAUCAUCCAGGUUUACGCUUUGAAGCUGUUGUGCGGGGAGAACGCGCUGAUGGCCCAGCAGGACAAACAUAACGGAGCAGUGCGCAUUAUGGACUACAAUUCGCCAGAAUAAACUGUUGGCCUCAGGAGCUUUGGAGUAGGAAAUCAUCAUCUGGGAUCUGAACAUCACGGCGGCGCCGAUGAGCCCAGGAGCGAAGGCACAACUGACCGACACCCAAUCGCGGAUCCGUUGGCGAGCGCCGUCCAGUGGCACCCGGAAGUGGCCACCCAGUUGUGGGUAACUAGCAAGGCAGAUCAAGCCUCCCCCGUUCAACUGUGGGAUCUCCGCUACACCCCCACCAAAACCUUCCACAUCCACCAGCGGGGUGUCCUCGGUUUGACCUGGUGCCCGAAGAAUUUCGACCUGGUCGCUUCCUGCGGCAAAGACAACAAAAUCUACUGCUGGAACCAAAACUCCGAAGAGCAAAACGGGGAAAUCCUCUCCGAGCUCGCGACCACCAACCAGUGGAACUUUGACGUGGCCUGGUGUCCACGCAACCCGGCGCUCAUCGCCGGUUCCAGCUUCGACGGCAACGUAACCGUUUAUUCGAUCAACGGCGGAGCGCACGCCCAGCUGCAAACGGUGAACAAAAUAGCCGAUUCGUUUACCGGAGUCUACGGCAUCGAGCACGAGCCGGUUCACCAGUCCGCAGGACAGCCGCAGCCCACCUACAACGAUCUGAAGCGACCGGCGGGAGCGUGCUUUGGGUUCAGCGGCAAGCUGGACACAUUCAACGGAAUGAGCCGCACCGUCAUCGUGAACCAGGUCCUAACGGAUCGCGAGCUGAUCGAAUGCUCGAACCGUCUCGAGCAAGUACUGGCCGAGGGAACUCGCUCCGACACCUGCGUGGGAAGGAACUUGAAGGAUUGCUGGGAGACUUCACGGCUUGACUGCGCGAACUUUUCCGAUGCCGGGGACAUUUGAAGCGACCUAAAUUUU